AUGGAGCAGUCCAUGCUGGCAAAUACCGGCCAGAGGCUUUCUUCCUCCAAAGUUUUAGGGCGCUUCUUCCUAGGAUUCAUCCAUUCAGGAUCACAAUCCAACUCCCCCCAUUCGCAGGGAAGGCAUGGCAAGAAGCGCCCCUCGCAAUCGGAGCGCAUUCUCGCUGGAGGGGGGGUGGCUGGAGGUUUGGGCGGGGGCGGGGGGGGAAUGGCCUCGAGUACACCUGGCAGUGCUAACGGAGGGAGCAACGGCGCCGUGCGAACCACCGUAGCUACAUUGCACGUGCCUGAGCCGUGGGUCGACAAAACAACAGGGAACCAGGUCUUACCGCUCUCUAGAAAGCUCAAGGCGCUCAUUCACGGGGUGGUGUUCUGGGAGGGCCUCGAGGGCGCAUUGCAAUGGCUCGUUCUCGGGCACUUUGCGCUGAUGCUCUGGGGGUUUGGCGACUUGAUGACACAGCAGGUGCUGUGGCUGUCUUACGGGAUACUAGCCCAGGCUAUCCUGAGUAAGUUGCUGCACGUACAAUCUCGCGGGCUGCCAGCUGGCGUGCCGUGCGCGAAGGUCCCGCUCCAACGCUCCCUGCAAAACGCGCUUGAGCUCUACUGGGCUGUGGGCAAUCCAAGUGUCCUCAUUCUGGGUUGCCAGGUGGCGGCGCUGUGGUUCUUCUACUUUUACCAGCGCGGCAACCGCAGGGACCGUUACUUCGACAUCGGCGCUUUCCCCGAAGAGGGCGCUCGCCGUUUCGAAGAGCUUCUCCUAGGGGGCUGCUGCUUAGCGUCCGCCUGGGCCCUCUCCCUCCUCUGGCUGGCUCUCAUUCGGUUCCGAAUCCUCGGUGUCAACUACCGGGGGACCUCCUCACUCAGCGCCGCAGUCUCAAAGCGCGCCCCCAGUGCUUGGCACAGCUGGUACGUGCACACCGCCCGGCACCCCCACCUCGUAUUGGAUGGGGCGAGCUCCGACUGCGGCCUUCCUGCUUUCUGGUCCUACGGCGACAUAGUCUCGGCGUCGUUGGAGCGGUCGAUGUCCCGGGGGGGGGCGUCUGAAGGCGCGAUGGGUGCAUUAGCGAUCCUCGCCAACGAGGGCCCCGAGGGGCGCAAACAGGUGCUGCAAGAGAACGGGUUCCGGGCGCUCGUCGAGAGCCUCGCGAACGGCGCAGAUGGCGUGCAAGUGCAAGCGGCGGCCGCGAUUGGGUCGCUCGCGUCUGACGCCCUCGCGAUGAAAUACGGCGCCGCCGAUUUGGUAUCGUGCAUUCCUGCGUUGCGGGAACUGGCGCGCACGGGGCCGACACCGGAUGCGAAGGAAAAGGCGUCGGGGGCGUUGUUGAAUGUGGCGCGGAGCGGGGGUCCUGAGGUGCAAAAGGCGAUAUACACGGAGGACAAGCUAAACAAUCAGAAAGGGCUGGAUCUUCUUUUGGAUUUGGCGCAGAACGGCCCCACGGCAGCGUGCAAGGCAAAUGCAAUUGGCGUGAUGGCUGCCCUCGUCCCCUAUGAGCGUGCCCGUGCGCAGCUCCUGAAAUACGUCGGAUUCUUUGCCGCGGUCGCUUCGCACAGUUACAGCGCCGAGUGCAAGUCGCGCGCUGCCGGCGUGUUGUGGAACUUGGCGUACUUUGACAGCGUGCGGGUCGGCACCGAAGAAGGCGUCAUUCGUUCGCUUGUCGGGCUGCUCGACCUGCCGCAGGCGCAACGCAAUGCGACUGGCGCCCUGGCUAACCUGGCGGUCAACAACCCGUACAACCGCGUCGCGAUCGCGUCCUUCCCGUCCUCCAUCCCCGCCCUAGUUGCCCUCAUCCAGGGCCAGGAAGGGAUCCCCCUCCAAGAGACGCAGGAGUUUGGUGCGCUCGCUCUCGCUAACCUGGUAGAAGAUAACCUGAACAAUCAACGAACAGUGCUCUCGGAACCGGGGGCUUUAGAUGCGCUCGUAAGACUGUUGCGGGUGGAGGGCCCGUCGGCGGAGGGGGAGCAUGCGGCGCGGGGGAGUGGCGUGCUCGAGAACGCGGCACCGCAGGUUCAAGAAGCCGCAGCACGCGCCCUCGGCAACCUCGCCGCGGGCAGCUCCGAGAACAAGACGCUCAUGGCCUCCAACCCGGGACUCGUCCCCGGUCUCUUGCACCUGCUGAAACCGACGACUCGGGCAUCAACCGGGGCUCAGGAAGAAGCGGCGUUGGCGCUCGGUAACCUGGCUGCCGGCAGUAUGGAUAACCAGAGAGCGAUUGCAGGACAACCUGGGGCGCUUGCGGAUCUCGUGAGGCUGUUGAAGGGGCCCGGGGGGGGCGCGACGCUGUUUGCGCAGGAGUGGGCUGCAUAUACGCUGGCAAACCUGAGCGCGGGGAACGUGGAGAACAAGAUGGCGAUCGGGCGCGAGCCGGGCGCGAUCCCAUCCCUAGUUCGCCUCCUCCGUGGCCCCGACCAGGGCUCCACCAUCGAGUCCCAGGAAUACGCGGUCGGCGCGCUCGCGAACCUCGCGGCCGGAAACAUCGACAACAAAGUCGCGAUCAGCUCCGAACCGGGUGCUCUCGCCGGUCUAGUUCGUCUGCUCGACCCGCAGCAAAACGCGACCCCCGGCGCACAGGAGGACGCGGUCUUGACACUGGGGAACCUGGCAGCCGACGUGCCAGGCACGCAGCAGGCGAUAGUGUCAGAGCCGGGCGCGUUGGCGGGGUUGGUCCGUCUGCUCGCCGGCGCGGCGGGGGGGUUCACUCCCGAAGCGCAAGAGUGGGCCGGGUAUGCGCUGAGCAAUUUGUCGGAGGGGAAUACGGACAAUCAAAAGGCGAUCCUUGCGGAACGGGGGGCUGUGACGGGGCUCGUGAGGCUGCUGGGGGGGGGUGACGUUGGCGCGACGUCGCGUGCGCAGCAGUGGGCUGCGCAUGCGCUGGGGAAUUUGGCGGGGGGGGAUAAGCAGGCGGUGAUUACGAGCGAGGGGGGGGCGGUUGCGAUGCUAGUCAGGUUGCUCGGCCCCGACUCCAACCCUGCUCUCCAAGAGGAGGCGGCACGCACUCUGGGCAAUCUUGCGCGCGUUAAAUCGUACAACAAGCAGGUCAUUGCCGCGGAGCCGCCCGCGAUCCCGUGCCUCAUGCAGAUGCUGGCGAACGAUCAGGCCGCACAAGGUGCUGCAGAGCAAGCUGCCUGGGCUCUCGGCAACCUCGCCGCGGGCAACGCCCAAAACAAGAUCGCCAUCGCAUCCCAACCGGGCGCAAUCCCCAUGCUAGUUCGCAUAUUACGUUCCUCCCGGGAGAGGUCCCCGGGCCUCCGCCAAAACUGCGCGCUCGUGCUCGGCAAUCUCGCGGCUGGAAACCCCGACAAUCAGCGCGCGAUCGCGGGCGAGGCCGGCGCGUCGGGGGGCCUCGUAAAACUGCUCGCGCCGCGGUCGGGCGCGAACGCAAAGGCGCAGGAAUGGGCCGCGUAUGCGAUCGGGAAUCUCGCGCAGGGCAACGCGGAGAACAAGAUUCUGCUCGCGGCAGAACCCGGGUUAAUCACCGGGUUAGUGCGGGUUCUCAACCCGGAACCGGGCGCGGCGGUCAACACGGGCGCGAAGGAAGAGGCGGUCCUCGCGCUCGGGAAUUUAGCGGCCGGAAACGCCGAAAACAAGGCGGCGAUUUUCGAGGAGCCGGGCGCGGUUUCUGGGCUCGCGAGACUUUUACGGAGCGCGGAAGUUGGGACGUCGCCGCGCGCGCAGGAGUAUGCGGCGGGGGUAUUGAGGAUUUUGGCGGCGGGACAUUCGCCCAAUAAGAUGAGCGUAUUUUUGGGAACUGGGGCGAUGCAGGGGUUGUUGGACGUGGCGAGAGCCGGGUCGGGGGCAACCCCCGAGGCGAGGGAACAGGCGGAGCGGGCGCUGAAAGUGUUGGAGCAGGGGGGCAGCGUUCUGUCCAGUCCAGGUGGCAGGCAGGGCCCCUCUCCCCCCUCCCCCUUCCAGGCGAGCAGCCCAAAGGGCCGUCUCGGGUUUGUCGUUUACCCCCCAUCUAAAGUGGCAGGCAGGGCCCCUCCCCCCCGUCCCCCUUCCAGGCUAGCAGCCCAAAGGGACCCCCCCGGAGACGCCGCUCCUCCUCCGACACCAGCGAGGGGGGUAGCGGCCCGCUGA